AUGGCGGGGGGCGGGGGGGGGGGGAUAUCCCGGACCCGAAGGGCGAGAUGCCUGCGGACGCCACACCCGCGCCAGACCGGAGUUUCUGAGGCGCUGCCCGACUGCACCCUGCUCGGCUUGGCGCAGCUCCACUGCCCCUUGACCGCUCGCCGCCGUGGGAGGGAACGGAGGGAGCCGGCUGCACGCUCACCUUCACCUCCGCCCCUCUCAGGGUCCUCGGACGGAAAGCCGCGAGGGUCCCGCCCCGCGCACGUCGGGGAACGCGAUUGGACGGAAAGCCUCGAGGGUCCCACCCCGUGCUGGAAGGGGUGGGUUGCCGGGGCUCGCUGCCCCGCCCCCGGCCCUGGCCCCGCCCUCGGCGGUUUUCCGGGCCCGGAUUGCGCCCUAGGAACGCGAGCAGAAAAUCCGAUUAGCGUCCUGCAGUCCCUGCUAAAGCAUCUUCCUGCUGGACUCUGCGGCACGUUGGCCGCGGUCCAGAGAGAUGGCGGCGGCUCCGCCCACGCACGGGCACAACCCUGCGGAAGGGACUACCUGCCCAGAAAGACACAGCACAUCAAUCAGGAAAAGUGCCCGCAGACACAUCCACAUGCCAAUCUGGUGGCAGCCAUUCCCCAAAGGAGGGUCCUUCCUCCCAGGUGA